AUGGAUCGUGAGGACAGUGCUCGGGUCAAGCACAGCUUGAAUUUGCUUUGCCAGAUUAACAAAAUGAAGGAUGCAGAUGAGUUGACUGAUGUCGUGCUCUUGGCUGAAGGAUGUCAAUUCCCUUGCCAUCGGCUGCUAUUGGCUGCAUUCAGCCCCUAUUUCCGUGCAAUGUUCACCUGCGGCCUGGCGGAAUGCAGUCAGAGGGAGGUGGUGUUACAUGACGCACAGUCAGAGGGUGUGGCUACAAUCCUGAACUACAUGUACAACUCAGAACUGCAUCUCACCAACUCCAAUGUCCAGGGAGUGGCCACCAUGGCUUACUUCCUCCAAAUGGAAGGUGUCUUCAUGGCUUGCCAGAAGUACAUGAUGGAUCACAUGGAUGUGUCAAACUGUCUCGGGAUUUAUUACUUUGCCAAGCAGCUAGGAGCAGAAGACCUAGCUGAUCCAGCGAGUAAGUACCUUCACCGGCACUUUGCAGAGGUCUGUUUGCAGGACGAGGUGCUGGAGAUAGAAGGACAUCAGUUGCUACCUUUGAUCUGCUCUGAUGAUCUCAACAUCUCACGUGAGGAGAGCAUUUUGGAUCUCGUUGUUCGUUGGGUGAACCACGACCGUAACUCCCGGGCAGUCCACCUUGUGGAACUCAUGAAGCAGGUAAGACUGGAGCUCAUCAGUCCUACCUUCCUGAGGGAGACUCUUAAAAGGAACACCAUCCUCCUUAGUGACGGGGAAUGCUACAACAUGAUUCAGGUUGCUAUAGAGACCAUCCAUAAGGCCCAGCAACAUCCAUCUCUCAGUCUACGUUAUGGGAUGGAGAAUACCGAACUCCUUCUCUGCAUUGGUAACAACGGCCAAGGAAUAAAGUCAAGGCACAAGAGUUAUACUGAAGCCAGCUUUUGUUAUGCACCCACUACAAAGAAAUGUUACUAUAUUGUGUCACCGAGUUGCGGUGAAGCUUUGGGAUAUGUCUGCACUGGAAUUGUGACUGAAAAUAAUGAUAUUAUUUUGGCUGGUGAAGCAGGAGUGAAUAAACUAUCGAGGCAAAAGGCAAAGAAUGUGGAGAUAGUGAGGUACCACGUUCGAGGGAAUCAGCACUGGGAGAACCUAAGCUCAGCUCCGUUCCGAGAGCUCUACGCAAUGGGAACCGCCCACAGUAACUUGUACCUCAUCGGAGGCCAGAUGAAGUUCAAGGGCCGAUACAUGAUCACAAACAGUGUGGACAAGUGCAUCCUGGAGACAGGCCAAUGGAGGAGUAUGGCUCCACUGCCUUUAGCCCUGGCAUGUCACGCUGCAGUCACAGUUCAGAACCAGAUCUACAUCCUGGGAGGAUGGACACCACAGACGGAUUUUCCCGAUGACGAACCUGAUCGGCUCAGCAACAGAAUGUUUCGGUAUGAUCCAGGAAGAGACAAAUGGACAGAGUGUGGGCCCAUGGAAUUCUCUAAAUAUCGUUUCAGUACAGCUGUGCUUAACAAUGAAAUUUACGUUUUGGGGGGGAUAGGCUGUAGCGGACCAGACCGAGGCCAGGCCAGGAGGUGUUUGGAUGCUGUGGAAAUCUAUAACCCGGAUGGAGAUUUCUGGAGGGCAGGACCUCCGUUGCCGACCCCAAUACUGUCACUACGAACCAACUCCACCAACGCUGGGGUGGUAGACGGAAAGCUGUACGUUUGUGGAGCGUUCCGGGGAGCAGAUCGACAUGAAGUCAUUGUCAAAGACAUCUUGGAAUUGGAUCCUUGGGAGCAUCGGUGGAACAUAGUGGCCCACAAUGUCCUCAUGCAUGACAGCUAUGAUGUCUGUCUGGUUGCAAGGCUCAACCCAAGGGACCUCAUUCCUCCACUGUCAGACUUGGUGGACCAAUGAGGAAAGGGUGGCACAGGUUAUUGGGUGAGGGGAGGGGGGCUCUUUCAGCUUGGCUGUGGCUCAGCGGGUAGCACUUUCACCUCUGAUUGUAAAGGUUGUAGGUUCAAGUCCUCCAUCCAAAGCCCUGGACGUCAGAUUGGCACUGAGAUUGUCUGUGCGGUACUGUUGGAGGUGCUAUCUUUCUGAUGUUAAAUUAAGACCUGGUCUGUCCUCUGAGCUGGAUGUAAAAUAACUGCUGGGGAGUAUUCCCUGAUGCUUUGGCCAACAAUUUUGCCUCA